AACCAUAUGAUCAGCCUUAGAAGAACAUAAAAAGCACCGUUCAAUCAUACAAAAAGUCAACAUGAACUCUCGCCGUGAAUUGUGUUCGAAUUAAUUUAUAGUUUGCAUUUGAUCACAUGCAUUUACGGAAUCAAUAAAAUAACAUAUGUUUCUUGUUGGUAAAUAGAAUAUAUAUCCUGGCACUAUUCCUAAUACUGACAACAGCGUAUGGAUGACCAUUAUUUAUAUUCUGCAUUCACAUUGAUUUGGGGUCCAAAACAAAGGACAGACAACAACAAAUGGCUCAAAAGAGACACCCAGAAAGCUAAAAUCAUUCAAUGUAUAAAAAAAGAUCCUAUUUACAUGUGGUUCUUAAGAUAAGAUGGUGACCCCCAUUGCUUUUGGAUCUUAGACCUAAAACUUUCACCAACUUCAUGAAGAUUCUCACCAUCUUUCUUCUUCCAUGCAUUUUGUUCAACCUAGGGGAUAUAGCUCGAGCCCAGGAGAAUGAGGAUAGUUUUGGCCAGUAUGCAACAGCUAAGGGGAAGAAUACAGUUAAAGACUGGGAUGAAAACAUCUUAUUCAGUCCAUUCACCAAACAAGAAUGGAGAUCUUACCAACAGAAAAAAAUAAAUGAGGGACGUAAAACAGAGUUGAUUUUCAAGAUAACUUAUGCAAACAAAACAGCAGUUAAAGGCGCUAGACUUUAUAUAAAGCAGCUUACCUCAGAUUUCCACUGGGGUUGUGGUAUGACCCAUAGAAUCCUGAAUAAUGAAGCUUACAAGAACUGGUUUGCCUCAAAAUUCACAGCUGCUGAUUUCCACAAUGAGCUGAAAUGGUACUACACCGAGAAGAUUCAGGGCCAGGAAAACUAUACCGAUCCAGAUGCCAUGUUGAAGUUUGCUGAUGAAAAUGGCAUAAUUGUUAGAGGUCACACCAUCUUGUGGGAUGACAUCAAGUACCAGCAGAAGUGGGUGAAAGCCCUUUCACCUGAAAAACUGUUAGAAGCAGCAAAUAAAAGAGUUGAUUCCGUAGUCAAAAGAUACAAAGGAAGGCUGGUUGGUUGGGAUGUUAUGAAUGAGAAUCUGCACCACCACUUCUUUGAGAAGAGACUCGAUAAGAAUGCAUCAGCAACGUUCUAUAACCGAGUCUAUAACAUUGAUCCAGACACAACCUUGUACAUGAAUGAGUUUAAUACCACUGAACAUGUGAACGACAAGGAUGCACCGCCCAACAAAUACUUGAGAAAGCUCAAGGAGAUUCAGUUGUAUCCAGGAAAUGGUGGCAUAAAAAUGGGAAUAGGGCUGGAAUCUCAUUAUGGUGCAGAGCCCAUAGACCUUCAUUAUGUCAGAAGUUCACUGUCGUUACUAAGUCAAGCAGGUCUACCCAUAUGGCUAACUGAGUUGGAUGUUAAAAUGGAUCCAACGCUUCAAAAUUCAACUGAACUACAGGUCAUUUACUUGGAGGAGAUACUACGGGAAUCUUUUUCUCAUGCCGCAGUUAAGGCAAUUAUAAUAUGGACCGGUGCAUCUAUAGAUGGCUGUGAUGUGAUGUGCAUGACCAAUGAGAAAUUGGAGAAUACACCGGUUGGGGAUCUAAUCGACAGGCUAAUGGAAGAAUGGAGAACUGGGGACAUUGAGCUUGUAGCAGAUAGUAAUGGAAGCUCUGAAGUUUCAGUAUUUAAUGGUCGCUAUGAAAUAACUGUGGUGGACCCCGUGACAAAUGCUUCUACUUGUGUGAGUUUUAAGAUCGACAAAGUUAGCAUCCCAAACAAAAAUAUUCAUCUUCAAAUCCUCGGCUAAGUCGUGUGAUGAUUAUCUACCUGUAACUUCCUUCAAUAAUGAAAAUUAGUUUUGAUUUGA